AUGAAUGAAUUAGAUAAUAAAACAACAACAACAAUAAUAUUAACUGAUCAUCAUACUGAAGAAUCAGUUUAUGAUGAUAAUAAAGAUAUAAUAUGGCCAACUGUUGUUGGUAUAUUUGUUGCAUUAGCAUUGGGAUGGAUGAUUUGUCGAUAUAAAUGUUCAUCUAAUGAUCGAUCUCCACAUAUUGUUCAAUGUUGUCCAAAAUCAUUAUGUAAAAGAAUUCGAUUAUGCUGUAUAUGCAUAUUUAGUUCAUGUAGAUUUAAAAAUGACUCACAACAACCACAACAACAACGUUCAACUUCUGAUUUACGAAUGACAAUUAAUAGAGGAAGGCCAUCGAACACAAGUGUAGUAGAAAUUCCAUUUAUCGUAAAUAAUACAAAUAAUAAUCCAUCAUUAAAUACACAAUCUCUUCCACAAUGGCCACCACCAUUUCUUUUAAAUAAUACUAAUCAGGGACCAUCACUUCCAUUAUCAAUAACGAUUCAGUCACCUAUAAACUCAUCUGAACCUAAACGACAUCCAUUACGUCGAGAAUCAUUAUUACCCGAAGCAGAACAGAGUAAUGAGAGACGUGAUUCUUCUCCAUGGCCAUUUCAAACUACAAAUAUGGUUUUUCAUAACCAAACAAAUGAAAUAAAAAAAAGUCAUCUAUUUUUUAAUACUUAA